AGAAACGUGAAAAUGGCAUAAACAGUAAGGUGCAUUAACGAUGACCUAGAUUAAGCUAUAAUGUAGGCAUCCAGAGCCAUCCUUGCGGUGGCGGCGAUUAAUAUCUUCCACGCCUAUUUCAAUAAUCAACUGCCACGCCCUUGAACUGUUCUAAACUCAGUGAUUCCUGGAAGAGCCAGGAAUAUGGCUGCCACAGAAUGGGUGGAAAUCAUAGAGCCGAGAACAAAGGAGCAUAUGUUUGCGAACCUGACUACUGGUGAAUGUGUCUGGGAUCCACCAGUAGGUGUUCCUGUCAAGAAAACAGAUGAUAAUCAAUGGUGGGAACUGUUCGAUCAGAAUACCUCGAGGUUCUACUAUUACAACGCUGCCAGCCAGAAAACUGUCUGGCAUAAACCUACUGGGUGUGAUAUUAUCCCUCUAGCUAAACUACAAACACUCAAGCAGAAUACUGAACCUAAAGAUUCUAGUAAUAAACUCAGGUCUACUGUCAGUUCUGAAACCUUCCCUGGCACUACACUAAGCCCGCCAAGCACACAACCAUCAGGGUUAAAAGCUCAGAAAGGGGUCAGCCCAGGGAGUACAAAAAUUACGACUUCAACAGAUGCUCAAACCUCUCCGGAAAACACAAAAUCUAAACGAUAUCGGACACCACGCUGUCGUGCACACUCAACAACAUGUUCUCUUUCAUCCUCUUCUCUACCCAGUCAACAGAAAUCUAAGUCAAAACCAGAAACCUCGAGUCGAUAUAGUAGUCGGAAACAUAGGCAAUCAAACCCCGACAAUAGUGACCGAAUAAGUGUCGGCAGUGCUAGCGACAAAUCAAUUGUUUCGAUGCCAUCAACAUCGAUAAAACGGAACAGUGUUGGACAGACAAGCCUGCAUAGUGCGCCGGCCGCCGCUGCUGAUCGGCUAAGUGACCGAUUAUCCCUGGACGGUGCUAAACACAGUUUUAACAACGGCGGAGUGAAGUAUUACGGCAGCACAGGUGGUCAGUACGGCGUGCCAGGGCGGGACCCUGUCGGACAGUACGGCAAAGGAUUCGGGACGCAGUACGCCUCAGUCCGUUAUCCAUCUUCUUCAGGUUAUGUUUAUCAAGUACCGCUCUCUAAACAAAGAAGUUUAGAGGGAGACCAUUUUAGGAUUCUACAAUCCCCCCCGGGCCAGGAGGGUUCCCUUUCCAGGUCUAUCAGGUAUAUUCAAGAGAAUGGUAGAAGAUCUGUAGAAUCUACUCCUCAGUCAGCACGAAGAUAUCCACUACCUAGUCCAGAUGGUUCGGAUAGACGCCGACAUUCACGCAAUAGUUCGAUCUCAAGCACUGGAAACCCAAUUACCAACGCGAUGUCUGGGAUUGCGAGCUCGAUGUCAAGCUUCAGCAACAGUCUCGGGUUUGCCGGACACUCGAAUGUCGAUGGAUUUCCUACUCCUAUGAUAAAUAGACGAACAGUGCCGGGCAGCAGUGCUCACGAUCCACGUCGUGUUCUUCCCACUCAUACCAGUGAAUCAGAGGAGUCCACUCAUAGUCCACAUAAGGAAAGAAAGAAAAAAGGAGACUCAUUUCUGGAUUCGGGAUCAACUCUAGAUGCUGAUAAUAAAAAAUCUAACAAGAGUCUUAGUCAGGAUAUAAACCAACCCUCAUACCGGAGACCUGAACGCUCCCUUACAUCUUUAUCCCUUCAGGUUAAAAAAUGGAAGAAUAAAGCUGGGAAAAGCAAAUCCAAGGAAGACGAUAUUCCAGCAGCAAACUCCUUCUCCUCCCCUCAUCAGAAACCAGCUCCUCCUCCCAUCCAUACUAAACCAACUCUAGGGACAAGCAACCACACUAAACCAAUCCCACCUGUCAUCCAAUCCAAACCCAACCAAUCCUUGAACCAUAGUAAAUCCAAUCCGGUGUCUAAAGGAAAGCAACAUGGUGGCAAGGAGGUUCCACAACCUAAGAUUUCUCCGUUACAACAAUAUAUCCUGGAACAGGCAAAGCUCUCAGGAUACAGGUUUGGUGACAAGCUGGGUGUGGUAAAACGAGAUUCAUUCAUAGACUCAGAGUCAGAGUCGCAUAAAACUGGUGAUGAUAGUGAUGCGUUUGCGGACGAUGAAGCCCCAUCUAGUGAUGGAUAUGAGGAGAGAGACGACAUAUCUCUUGUAUCGACAGUUUCCUCUGUCGGAGAAGACGACAAUUACUUGACAGAGCCGACAUACAACAACCUCGAUCCGGUCUGGGCUCAGAGACAUGGAUUCCCAUUAGGAAAGUAUCGUGAAUACGGAUCUAUUCAACAUAUUUACACAAGACCAGAAAAUGCUCUGGACAUCGAUACCUUCUCUGAAGAGUUUGAUCUGAGGAUGAAAUAUGGGCGUACCCCAGCCUCUUCAACCAUAAUACGCCCCACACAUUCUCUAGGGGGAAGUAUACCCUCCUCCCUGCCCCACUCCCUACCCCUAAGACCAGGGAGUGCUAUGCCCCCUCCGAGGGAUCUAGUGGAUGGGCGGGGGGAUCUAAUGUCAAGUUCUCAUCUUUCAGAAAAUACAUCAGGGUCGACGUUAUCUGUAUCCGCGAGCAUACAUUCAACCUUGUCUGCGGGAACCCUGGCGGACUUCGAGAACUUCGCCGCCAGCAACCUUAACAUACAGAAGAAGGGGAUCUUCAGGAAGAAGAUGUCGUUAAAGGAUGUUCUCUCCUGGCAGUCAGAGGCUAUAAGUAAACCAUUGACGUUUGUUACGGAUAAACUACUGAAGAAGGAAGCGGUGAACGUGUUCAAACUUGUUCAAAUAUAUAUGUCAGACAGGAAAGCAAAGAUAGGAAUGACAAUAAACUCGGUUGCGAUGGAUAUUGCUGAAGCCGGGUAUACGAGUAGUAAUCUACGGGAUGAGAUAUAUAUCCAACUAUGUAAGCAAACUUGUGAGAAUCCCCGACGUGAAAGUUUAAGACGGGGCUGGGAACUCAUUGCAAUUUGUUUGGCGUUCUUUCCUCCGUCUGAGACCUUCUACCCCUAUCUACACGGGUUUAUUUUAAAACAUCGUGAUCCUUCACUAGACUUCCCGGAGAUAGGUCGUUGGCCUAUUCAUGUACAGAUAUCUCAUUACGCUGGUAUUUGUCACAAAAGACUGGAGAGGAUUGGGAUUGGAGGUCGUCUUAUGCCGAAGAAACCAUCUCAAGAAGACAUAGAUCAAUCUAGGCUUCAAAUAUUUCGACCCAGCAUGUUUGGAGGUACAUUGGAGGAAGUGCUGGAUAUUCAGAAGGAUAAAUUUCCUACACGUCGUCUUCCAUGGAUACUGACAACCCUCACAGAACAAAUAUUAGGAUUGAAUGGGUUGAGUACUGAAGGUAUAUUCCGUAUCCCCGCAGAUUUUGACGAGGUUUCAAGCUCUAAAUGUCGAUAUGAUCAAUGGGAGGUAUCCUCGUGUUCUGAUGCUCAUGUACCUGCAGCACUACUCAAACUGUGGUUAAGAGAGCUUUAUGUACCGCUUAUACCAGGUAUAUAGAUAU